UCACAUGAUUCAUGUGAUUUGAGUAUUUUUGUUUAGCUUAUUUGAAGUGAAUGAAUCAAGUGAAAAUUAUACCUGUUUGUGAUUAUUUUUAUUUACCUUAAAUGGCAAAUUUUCUGUGGUUCGAAUUUGUUUUGCAUCAAAGUUUAUUGGAGAAGCAUUUAAGUGAAAAAGAUGAUCCUAAACCAGUUGACUUGAUAAUAAGUUUUCUCAAUAAUGCCUCUAUCGAUGGUUCUUUCAAUGGCUCACUUGGUGGUAGUGAACUUCUAAGAUUGUUAGCCGUUAAAGUUGGCGCUUUUAUUGAAUUUGAUUUGGGCACAUUGGAAGAACAAUUGCCGAUAACAAUGCAAUUUACCUUGUUCAAGGAAUUGAUCAAAAUAUUGGAAGUAGCUAGUCCACCUGUUACAGUUCUUAAAGCAGUUCAUUUACUGUAUUUUAGAUGGACAUUGAGAUCAAUCAUUCGAUUAUCCUAUCCAACUCGAGGUCCACGAGGACUGUCAAUACCUCCUCAGAUGAUGCAACAACUAGAUCCUUGCUAUGUUCCGAUAGAAGUUCUCGAGAAUAUGUUCAAAAAGCUCAGAGAACUGUCGCCUGAUGCUAUAAGCUAUUUGGAAAACUUUUUGGUUGAAAAUUGUAAUUCUAUUUGUCUACCGUUGAUUGAUUGUUUUCCUAGCUCUAUAGAACCUAACUCAACCAUAAAAUGUGAUUGGACUAAAGUUAAAUCUCUUGACAUUUCUAAUCUUUAUGAUAUUGUUCACUAUGAGCUUGGUAAAUGGUACUUUUUUAAUGAAAAUUACGUUUUAGCCGAUAAACAUUUUCGAGCCAUCAAUGUUUCUAAAUUGAACGAUGAAUCGUUUAAAAACUUAUCUCAAUAUAUUGAAUCAUCAAAAGAACUGUGCAGUGAUGUUUCUACAAGAGACUCUGGGUCCAAGUCAUUUGAAAUUUAUUUUGACGAGUGUCUACAAAAUGCCAAAAAAGGAGUCUCCUGUGAUCUAAGUUUCGUUGAAAGAACAGUUGACCUACAACUAAUAUCCGCUAAACUUAAUCAAUUUUAUGCUCGCUGUGACAGCAAUACAGAAAAACAGAAUAUCCGCCGUUUUGCAUUUUAUUUAACAAGCCGUAUGAAUGGUUUAAAGGAAUUAAUACCUGAAAUAUCAGAACCCGUGAAAACUCUUGAAAAUGGAUCAGAUGUUCACAUGGCGUCUUUAACCGAAGGUGAAGAGGAAGGAGAAAUCGACGGAGGUGAUGAUGAAGUUGAAAAAGAUCCAGAAUUAUUGUUAUUGGAAGCAACUGUUCCUGAAGUUAUCCAAGACUUGAUUCCCAAAGUAAACAAGCCUCCAUUGAUGAUCAAUCGUGCUUGGGAUAUACCUCUAGCCCAUGCUUCGUGUUUAUCAAACCUCCCCAUUCCUCAAUAUAACAAAUGUCAUAUCGCUUUAGCGAAAGCAGCUGAACUUCGACGAGCUAAAAUGUAUAUUGAGUCUAGAAUUUUAUAUUUAUCCUUAUUAGAAGAUUAUCAAGCAUCUCUACCGAAUUUGGCUGAUAUCAUCACUUUUGAACUUUUGGAAACUGAUUUACAGCACCAUGUUGAAAGUAAUGAUAUAGACGAAAGACGAAACCUAGAGCUUCUUGCAAAAUGUGAACGAACUUUGCGAAAUGAAAUACUAUUAGCUGAUCUUCCUUUAGAGCUUGUAGAUCUCUGUUGUCUUUUCUUGCUUGAAUCAAGCCCACAAACUUUGAAAGAUUUCGUCAAUUCCAAACAUCCUCUACUUCGCCUAUCAUCACUUCUUUCAUCUCUGGCUAGUACAGAUUCUCCUUCUCAUCAUCCAAUGAAAGCAAAAGAACUUUGGGAUUUAAUCUGUAAUGUGCUACCUUAUGAUAGAAACCGGAUAAUUGCCAAACGUAAUAUACAUUUACCUCUAUCAAGCUGGGACCUGGAUAUUUUUUGUCAAUUCAUCAAGAAACUCAAAAAUUCUGCUCAUAUUAAUCUUCUUACAUCAUGUUUAAUCAAAAUUCUCAAUCUCAAAAGAGACAUUUCUGGAAUCGAGCUUACUGUCUUACCCCAGCCAACUUUCCAAUGGCCCAGCUCAUUACCAGCAAGCUCAGCUAAUAUCGAUUUAUCAAGUAUUUUUGACACUCUUAAAGUUCUUCUUAAAAAAGGAUUGUCUCUCAAGCCCAAUGAAAUCAAUUUACUUCGAUGUAAAGCCGAAUUAGCUAUUAUUGAAGGACAAUAUGCAGAUGCCAUGAGUAACUACUUGACACUGAUGAUAAUUACCACAGAAUACUUUACAGUAUUUGGAACUUAUCCUGAGGAAGAAAAAAUAAUUUCAAGGAUGAUACAUUGUUCUACUAAAUUGGGGUGUCACACUCAAGCUGCAGUUCUCCAUCAAAUGGUUAAGGAACCCAAUUAUGCUCUCAUUUUCAAAGGACUUAGUGAAAAAUCAUGUAAUGAUAGCUGUGAUGAUUUAUAUGAUUCAUUUUGGGACAUUACAAUUUUAGAGUAUCUGGUUAAUCUUCAUACAAGAAGAGGUGAGAUCGAUAGGAAAAAUAAAUCACUCCAUUUAAUUGGACAAUCAGAACUCAACGCAAAUAACCCUGAAGAUAUUCUCAACGAAGCUGCUAAUGUGCGUAAGGGUAAAUUUUUCCGAACAAUGGCGAAAAAAUAUUUGUAACCCAAGGAAAAUUUUAAUCAACAUUUCUAUCGUCUCGAAAACCCUGCUGAUUGAGAUUUUAAACUAUUCAUCAAAUUUCCCUAGUCUUGUUUCACAGAUGUCCAAACACUUUCAUUGAUCGCAAGGACUAAAAAAAGAUUGAAUUUGUUUUCAGUAUUUGUGUGGUGAUGAUAAAACAAUUCAUCUCCUCUUGUGAUUCAAAAGUUUCUAUGUAGACUUAAUUUAUCAACUAAAAAAUCAAUUCUUUUGAUUAA